GGAGAGGAAGCUGGAGCUCGAGCGCGGCUGAGGAACUUAUUGUUUAUAUAAAUAUAGAAAUUAAAAUAUCAGAAUUAUAGAGAAUUACUGACCUGAAUAAUGCAGAACAAGGAGAACCGUGAGCCUAAAAGCCUCCUCACACAGGUGGGAGUCGGUUCUCUCAGGGAGGAUGCGAACCCUGGAGCAGUCAUGGGUCCUGGUCGAGUCCCGGUGAAGUCCAGCUUACAGAAGAAGUUCACCAUUAAGGACUUUGAUAUCGGUCGUCCGUUGGGAAAAGGAAAGUUUGGGAACGUGUAUCUGGCGCGAGAGAAGAAGCUGAAGGUGGUCCUGGCUCUAAAGGUGCUUUUUAAAUCUCAGAUGGAGAAAGAGGGAGUGGAACAUCAGCUCAGGAGAGAGAUCGAGAUCCAGUCUCAUCUCAGGCAUCCGAACAUCCUGCGCUUCUAUAACUAUUUCCACGAUUCAUCCCGUGUGUACCUGGUUCUGGAGUACGCACCGCGGGGGGAAAUGUACAAAGAGCUGCAGCGCUGCGGACGCUUCAGUGAACAGCGCUCGGCUACGUUCAUGGAGGAGGUCGCUGAUGCUCUGCUGUACUGCCAUGAGAAGAAGGUGAUCCACCGUGACAUUAAACCUGAGAAUCUGCUGCUGGGUUUCAGAGGAGAGCUCAAGAUUGCUGAUUUCGGCUGGUCUGUCCAUGCCCCGUCGCUACGACGUCGCACCAUGUGUGGCACUCUGGAUUAUUUGCCCCCGGAGAUGGUGGAGGGGCACUCUCACGAUGAGAAGGUGGAUCUCUGGUGCAUCGGCGUGCUGUGUUACGAGUGUUUGGUUGGAGAUCCUCCGUUUCAGACAGCCACCCACACAGAGACCUAUAAACGCAUAACCAAGGUGGAUCUGCAGUUCCCCAAGAUCGUAUCCGAGGGUGCUCGUGAUCUGAUCUCCAAGCUGCUGAGACACAGUCCCACCAUGCGUCUGCCUCUGAAGAGCGUCAUGGAACAUCCGUGGGUGAAAGCCAACUCUCACAGAGUUCUGCCCCCCGUGUGCCAGCCUAAACCCACUCCUGCACACUAGCACUGAUCUGUACGUUUAUGUCUGCUCCGGUGAAUGGGUUCCACUGGUGCUGUGUUCUACCCUUCAGAUCAAUGGAAACGUCACUCAUCUGUAGGUUUUUAUAUCGUUCAGGCACAGACAGCUGAGCGUUUCAGUCUAACACGGCAUCGAACAAUUAGACACGCACUGCUCUCCAUUAUUCACCAUCUCUGUGCCGCUGCACCUCGACCCACCAGCAGGGGCUGGAUUUGUAGGAGUUUUUCUUUUGUAAAUCUCGGCUCUGGUUUGUUUGUUUUGAUGAUGGACUGUUCAAGCUGUAAAAAUCUACAUGAUGAGUAUGCUCUUCCAUUUCCACCAAGUGUGGAGGGAUCCUGAAAUGAAUAAUGUAAAUUGAUGCUCCACCACUGUACAGUUACUUCAUUAAAAAUCUGAGUUCAGCUCCACUGGAAACCUCAACCCAGAACUACUGAUCUACUUCAGGAAGCUGGUUGUGGAUGGCUUGCAAACACUUCACCUCCCCUCCACCAGGUCCAGUCCUGGAGGGCACAAAGUGAUUGGUGCUGCUCCAGCAGGUGCUGGUCAGGGAUUCAGGCUCUUCAGGACUGGAGCUGCUGGAAGCUGAAGGCUGUUUUUUUCUGUUCUGCACCUCUGUACUUUUGUUCGUCCUCUUUUGUAUGUGUCCUGUUUUUUCUCUUAGUUUUAGGAUUGAGAGUGAAUCUGCUGCAGUUUAUUAUUUUAUCUAAGUUUUUCAAAUAAACAUAUUUCGCUAA